UGCCCGCAGUAAAAAUCAAUUUCUUUGUGCGACAAAACUUGAAAUGGAUACAGAAACAGAAACUGAAGAGCGUCUGCCAAGUGGUGGUGAGGUCAGAUCGCUGUCUAAAUACACUGGGCACGAGAACGCUGUGAAAUGUGGAAUCGGGCCGUGUAACUUCGAGUGGAUGCAGAGGUUGGCCAGCAAGAAGACAUACGUGGUGGUGUACGGCCUCAUCGGAAUGUCCCAUCUCGCAAUUUCCGCCUAUUUCGUGGGAACAAUCAGCACGCUGGAGAAGAAGUUUCAAAUCCCCAGCUCGUUCACAGGACUGAUCAGCUCGGGCGUGGACGUCGGCGUUAUUCUGACUACUCUGAGCGUCACUUACCUAGCAAAAAGAAGCCACAAGCCGCGCUGGGUGGCAUGCGGAACCUUUUUCGUGGCCUCGGCUUGUUUCAUUCGCCUCAUCCCGCACUUCACCGACCAAAACUCCGUAGAAUUUUACAGUGAAUCUCCUCAAAUUAAUGCUACUCUUUUAUGCGGUGGCAACAAAGGAGAGCACGGAAACUGCGGAGAAGUUGGCUCACAAUCAGGAAGCCCGUCUGCCUACAUCUUCCUGAUUGCAAGUUUCAUUCACGGACUUGGCUCCUCGAUAUACUACACAUUAGGCAUGGCCUAUUUGGAUGACAACGCUAAAAAAAGCAAAGGAGCUGUGCUUAUUGUUAUGAGCUCUGUUAUUUCCAUGUUUGGAUCGACUGUCGGAUUUAUUUUGGCCUCAUUCUCGUUGGAGAUCUUCGUGGAUCCAGGAUUUAAACCAGAAUUCGGUACCACCGAUCCACGAUGGAUUGGCGCUUGGUGGCUGGGUUGGAUUCCGUUAGGAACUAUGACCUUUAUUUUCGGAAGCAUGAUGUACAUGUUUCCUCGCUCCCUUCCGCGCACUCUGCUGCACAAUGUGGAAGCAACUCUCACGCCUCAGGAAGUCCCAAAGCCUUCUUUUAAAGAUUUCAAGGACACGAUUAAACGGCUAUUAAAAAACAAGAUUCUGAUGUGCAACAAUAUGAGCACGACUUUCAUCGCGUUUGGCUUCUAUGGUCAGUGGCUCUUCAUGCCAAAAUACAUGGAAACCCAAUUCCACCUGUCUGCAGCCACUUCAAAUCUCGCAACCGGUUCGAUUGGCUUGUUUUUUACCGCCGCAGGACUAUUGGCUUCCGCUGUUAUUAUUUCCAAAUUUAAACCCAGCGCUAGAUGGCUGGCAGGUUGGAACGUCUUUUCCGAGAUUAUUGAUGUCCUAGGAUUUAUUUCUAUUUUAUUGAUAUCCUGCGAAAGCCUGGAUUUCAAAUGGACGAUCCUAUCUGAUGGAAGUAAAAUCAUCGACAUGCCAUGCAACGCGGACUGCGCUUGCCACAAUUCGAUGAAGUACACUCCAGUUUGUCACAUUUCCUCCACGGAAACAUUCUUUUCGCCUUGCCACGCAGGGUGUCGCCAGUCCUACCUUAGUCAAAACGGAGCCAAGGUGUUCGCCGACUGCAGUUGUACUUUGGACGACAACCCCGUUUUGGACGGUCCAUGUGCGUUAGACUGCAAGUCGGCGUUUGUAAUCUUCAUCGUUGUCCAAUGCGUGCAGCGGUUCCUGGGUGCUACUGGCAGGGCGGGAAACUGCCUCAUUCAUUUUAGAUGCGUCCACUUGGCAGAUAAGGCCGUGUCGUUUGCCCUCUUGCAAGUUAUGCUUUGCAUCUUCGUUCUCAUCCCCGGCCCAAUUAUAUUUGGAUCUGUGAUAGAUAUGACUUGCUCGCUAUGGGGGAUGACGUGCGGCAAAAUCGGAAAUUGCUGGAUAUACGACGCGGAGAAACUCCGUCACUACGUCUACUUGCCAAUUUUAGGUUGUUUAAUUAUGGGCACUCUGUGGGAUAUAGGGGUUUGGUACUACUCAAAAGGCUUGCCAAUAUACGAGGAGGACGAUCCUGCCAAAGACGGAGAGCAGCUACAGGAUUUUAAAGCAAGAGAAAGAAAAAGUCGACUGAAAAUCAUAUCUCUAGCGUUUGGUGGCGAAACUUAAAAAUGAAGAAGUUUAAAGUAUUUCAAAUAAGAGUAAAUAAUAAUUAAAAUGAAAAUUAAAUGAUU